AUGGAUCUUAGCGCAGAGUUCAAGAGGUGGAAGGCGCAGUGUCUGGGCAAAGUGGACCUCAGCCGGAAGGGCAGUGUGGACGAUGACGUGUUAGAGAUUGUGCAGCUCCUAAAUGGGCAAGAACAGUUUUUCACCACCAGUUCCUGCGCUGGCCGAAUCAUCCUCCUAGACGGGAGUAUAAAUGGUUCUGAGGUUCAGAAACAAAACUGUUCCUGGCUACUGGUUACACACAAAGCCUGUGUGAAAGAUGAUGUGGUGGUGGCCCUGAGGAGAGCGAGUGGCGAUGCCAUUUUGAAAUUUGAGCCGCUUGUUCUUCAUGUGCAAUGUCGACAGUUGCAGGAUGCACAGAUUCUGCAUUCAGUGGCAAUAGAUUCUGGCUUCAGGAACUCUGGCAUAACUGUGGGAAAGAGAGGAAAGAUUAUGCUGGCUGUCCGGAGCACACAUGGCCUAGAAGUUCCAUUAAGCCAUCAAGGGAAACUGAUGGUGACAGAGGAGUAUAUCAACUUCCUAUUAAAGACAGCAAAUCAAAAAAUGGAAGAAAACAAGAAGAGAAUUGAAAGGUUUUACAACUGCCUACAACAUGCUUUGGAAAAAGAAACUGUUUCUGCAACCUCACAUCCUAAAGAGAAAGUUAACUCACCAUAUAUUCGUAAAAAAAAAAGGAACCCAGAAAAAGCACAUGGCAAACGUGUUAGUGAAGAAAAUGAUAAAGAACUUGAAAAUAAUGACCAUGAUGAUCCAGGAAUCAGUGUUACUAUCUUCUCUGAAGAUUACUGA